AGCGAGAGGAACUUGAAAGGGGGUUGUGUAAUGUACCUUUUCCAAUCCCGGGCUGUAUAUGGAGAUUUGGGAUUCUUUAAACCAGUGCUACCUGGAUUUUAUUAAAAAGCGGGGACCUCUGGAGAAAGAAAGCUGGAUUUUCCAGGAAAGCAGAGCAAGCCGGGUCGCAGAGCCUGUUUGCUGGAGGGUGGAGGAGUUGGCGAGCCGAACGGAUGGACUAAAGGACAUUUUCAUACCAAAAAAAGGAAAGGCGGGCAAAAAGUCUGAGUUGGAUAUAAUUCCCCAGAGGGAAACAAGAACGGGGGGCAGGCGGCAGGAUGGCCGAGAGGCGAGGCGGUUAGGCGGGAAGGGGAUCAUCCGCUCCAGCAGGUAGGUUUUUCCCCAGUCUCUUAUUUUUUGGAAAGUUAAAUAGUUGCUUCUCCCACUCGAGUCUCCUACCAUAGGUUUUACCUGCCCUGCUCAGCCUUCACUUCAACCCUUCUCAUCCUCAAAGAACUUGGGAAUGCAAGGACUUUUCUGGGAUCUGAGCUGCAUUGAACUCUUCGACUAUUCCCCAUUUCCCCCACCUUAACCCCCUCCCUAAGACUUUCCCUUCUGAAAAAUGCAACCGGGAAGGCGGGGAUCCCCACUCCAUUACAAAAACACCCCAGCUUUCCUCCAUGCCCCUGCAGGCUGAGAGAGAUGGGGAGAGGGAGAGACAUUUUAGAUUAUAGGCUGUUUUUAAUUAAAAGCCGGAAUUCAGCCAUUUUAACUGCAUUUAAGGGAGAAGAAAAGUAGGAAUCAUCCAAGGCAGCGCACAGAAUGAUAAAUCAACCCUUUCCAUAAUCUGAAUAAGAAGCUUCAACUUUAAGUCUCUAUUUUUUGUCCUGUAUCUAUCUUUUGAAGACAGUAAAAAAAAAAAAAAAGUAAAUUUUUAAAAAAAUCACGUGAAGCUCACCUACCGCUGUGCUUAAGAUGGAAAACAUGUAUCCAAGGUUGUGGUGAUAUUAGAUUUUUAAAAGUAAAUGUUUCAUCUGGUAACCAGAGAAUUGGAGAGAAGGGAGGGGGACGAGGGACGGAUGAGCUGUUUGUAAGUAAAAACCAGGUUAAAAUAAGAAACCAUUAACAAAGCUGGUAAGAGAAGCCCUGGUAAAUGACUGGAGGUAGAUAUUUUUGGUUCAGGGUAUUUUAAGCUUAAAUUAUGUGCAAGUCCAAAGGGAAGGAGAAUGUGGCAAACUCCCUGCUAGUAUUUACUCUGUAGAUAAGACACCAGCAAAACCGAAUACUGGAGGCUUGUCCAGGGGAUGUGGGACUCUUAAGACUGGGGAGGGAUUUGGGUUAGUUUGUCGGGGGAGAUAGCUGCUGGGGUUUUUUGUAUAGUUAAAAAAAAAUGUAUAUAUAAAACAUUUCGGCUGUUUGUAGUUGCCCAUCCCGCUUGCGUUUGAAAAGAGAGGGAAAUGUAUCCAAACUGACUCUCCCUUCCCCCAAGAAAUCAGCAAAGGACAAAUCUUUUAAACAAACAGCUUUAAAUUGGAACUUCGGGAAUAUUUACCAAACAUGGGGGUGGGGAGGACGGAGGAGGAGGAUACUCCCUCUAUUGAGAAUUUUAGGAGUCAGAUUUUAGGAGGGGAAUUUUUUUUUUCAGUUGAUUUUUUUUCGAAGAUGACUGAAGUAGACUUGAUACCAUCACCCACCCACCCCAACCUUUCAAUUGCCCAUCGCCAUCCCCCAGGUUAAGGUUAGCGACCUCCCUUUUCCAUACAGAGUUUCAACGAAAAUGAAACCAUAGCCUGCCCUGUUUUAUUUUAAAAUUUUCUACCAAAUCCUAAGGUUAGAAUGUAUGCCACGUCUCACGGAAUUUUCUGAGACAAUCUUGUCACAGAAUGGGAGGAAGGAAAGAAGAAAAAUCCCGACUUGAUUAAUAAAAGCAUUGUAAAACCCUUGCCCCCACUAGUGCAGCGGAAUGGGAAUCUAUUUAUAGUGGAUUCAGGAAAAAAUAAAAUUCAAAAAGGGGACAAAAAGGGGGAAAUGAUUUAAACUAAAGAACUCACAAGGUUAAAUAUUAAACUUGUUCCAUCAGAUACUAAGCAAAUGUUUAAUGAGAUAUUUUAAUCUUCAGAAGCAAAAGAUUUCACAGUUUUUAAAGCUGAAACAUGUGACAUUUUGGAAUAAAACAUUUCAACGGGUGGGAUCAGGUCUUUCCGAGAGAAGCAAUACUAGCCUUUCCUUCUCUGGUUUAGAAUUUCUAGAGAAAGGGGAAAGGAGGAGGGGGGGGGGGGGAAGCCUAUGAAAACUGCCCUGGAGAUUGUGUGUAUGUCGAGGGGAGUUAAAAAAAAAAAAAAAGCAGCCUUCAUUUUUAGUAAUAUUUUGAAAGUCUAGAUCUGAGGAAGACCGAACGGGAAGAAAGCAGCGGUGAUUUUUAAAAAUUGAAAUGCGAUGCUCCUUUUAUAUAUAUAUAUUUUUGGCUACGGAAAUACCCGCUGGGUCUAAUGAACUGCCUUGCUCCAUUCAGGGGCAAAGGGAGACUUUGGGGGAGAAGACACUUAGGAGAUUUUUCAGAGUGGUUUCCCUUUUUUGGUGGUGGAAGGGGUGUUGUUUGUUUUUUCUUCGGGCCGGGAGAGUUCCGCGGGCUCCUGCCUACCUGCUGGCCCGGCUCCGAGCGGUGCUGCAGUACGGAGGAGGGAGCGGUAGGAGGAAAGAGCUCUAACUCCAGUGUUUGUGUCUCUGAUCUCUCCCCACCGCAGGCAAAGAAAAUGCCCCCAGCGGAAUCUCCGCCGGCCGAAGACCAUGGAACUGCUCCGAGGCUUAUAUUUUAAACCCCUUUGAUUUGGGGUGUGUGGAGGGGGGAGGGGCCCUGGAAGGGGGGGCGCCUGGGGAGGGGUGGAGGAAAACGAAACGGCUUGGAAGUUGGCACUCAGAUGAUGGAUGGCCGAGAUUUGGGGCCUCCCCGGUCUGUCCACGGCCCCCCCCCUCCGCUACUGUCCGGAUUGGCAAUGGAGAGCCACCGGGUCGGUGCUGCCACGGCCACCGGCCGCCUGCCUUCCUCUUCUGGCCAUUUGGCCGCCGGGCUGCCGGCUCCUCUGCCGCCGGGAAAGUACAUGCCGUCGGGAAUCAACCUCCACUCGCACCCGGGUGAGGCCUUCCUGGGUGGGUUUGUGGCCAGCGGACUAGGGACCUCCUCCACACCCCAUGGAAGCCCUGCCCCUUUGCCCUCUGACCUUCCCUUCCGGUCACCUACCCCCAGCAACCUGCAGAUGGUGCAACUGUGGGCCGCCCACUCCCAUGAAGGUUUUUCCCAUCUGCCUAAUGGGCUGUACCCUUCGUAUAUUCCCCUGAGCCACCUGGAGCCCCCCAACAGCGGCAGUCCCCUUCUGGCCCAGCUGGGGCAGCCGGGCCUCUUUGACUCUCCGAAAGAUGGAUUCUACCUACCGGGCCAGGUGGCCUUGCACCCCCAGAACCCUGUGUCCAGGACGGCAGCCAGCCAUGCUUCGGCCGCCCUGCUCCGGGACAAGGACCUCAGCCACCUUCCCAAAGGCUCCCGGGAGGGCCCCGCGAAGGAGCACGGCAAAGAGCGGUCCUGUAGGGGGGACCUGCCGCCGCCCUUCAGCAAGAGGGAGGGAAAGGCCAAGGAGGAGCCACGGCCUCGCAGUGUUGUGGAUCUGACGCAGGAUGCCAAGCCCGAAGGGGAGCGGCGGCUGAGCGGGCUGGAGCGGGCGGCCAAGAUGGGCGAGCGGCUCUCCCCCUUCCUGGCAGAGCAUGUCAGCCACCGCGCCCUGGGGAGCGCGGAGCCCAAGUCCAAGAACCCGCUGCAGACGUCCUCCCUGAGCAACUGCAAUGGCGGGGGAGACCCCCUGCUGAAGGCGCUGGGCGCCGAGCAGGACUGCUGUGGGAAGGACGCUGCCCCGCACGACGAGAACAUGAGGCCCGCGCUCCACGGCCACCUGGACAGGAUGAAAAGGGGCGAGGCCGUGAUCCCCGCUAUCACCACUUUGCACAUCUCCUGCACCUGCCCCUCUCCUCACCCUGCCCCGCCGGGGAAGAUGACCCCCUCGUCCGCUUCGUCUUCCUCCUCCUCCGCAGUGACAUUCCCCCCGCAGCCCGUCCAUUCCAGCAUGUACACCAUCUUUCCCCCGGCCAAGGAGCCGGGCCGGGAGCACAAAGUCAUCGCCCCCACCUUCGUGCCUUCCGUCGAGGCCUACGACGAGAGGAUGGGCCCCAUCCAGAUCGCCUCCCAGGCCCGGGACAACAAGGCCAAGGACAAGGAGCCGGGCAAGGUGGAGGGGCUGCAGCCGCCACUGGAAAGGGGCCUGGCCGACCUCUCCCGGGCCCUCCUGCCCCAGGACUUCCCCGGCCCGGGCGACGCCAGGCGGGCCGAGGUGCUAAGGGAGAAGAACUCGGUCAUCCGCGCCAACUCCCUGGUGCUGAAGCGGCACGCGGCCUCCGAGCCCUUCCAGAGCCGGCCCGGCCUGGGCUCCCCGGAGAGCAGGGACUACCUCCCCGCCAAGGACUUGCUGAAGCCCGAGGUCGAGCACCGGGCCUGUGAGCGCGAGCGCUUUUCCAGGGCCGGCGCCAAGGAGGCGGCCAAGGCCUAUGGUGUCCUGGAGCCCUCCCGGCAGCCCCCGGACCCCGGCCAGCUGAAGCUUCCCCCCGAGCAGAAGUGGAAGCCCUUCGACAUGGGCAACUUCGCCACCACGCAGAUGGCCGUGCUGGCCGCUCAGCACAACCACGUCAGCCGGGCGGAGGAGGAGGUGGCCAAGAAAGGCUACCUGGACCCCAGCGGGCUGCAGCGAGUGCCGGUGGUGGGGGGUCCCCGGGGGGGUGGUGACCUCCAUCCCAUCCCCCACAGCGAAGGCUCUGCCAUGCAAAGCCUCAUCAAGUACAGUGGCAGCUUUGCCAAGGAGGCCUCAGCCCGGCCCGGCAGCGGCAAGAAGAGCCCUUUUGGCGGGCUGGGCAACAUGAAACUGGACCCUUCGCAGCUGGGGACCGCCAAGGUCCAGCAGCUGCUCUCCCACCAAGGGGGCAAGCAGCUAAAGAGGGACCCUGAGAGGCCGGAAAGUGCCAAGUCCUUCGGGAGGGAGAGCAUCGGGUCACAGGGCGAGGUGGAAGUGAGGCACCCGCCUGUGGGCAUUGCGGUGGCCGUGGCCCGCCAGAAGGACAACAGUGGCACUAAGCUGGGGCCCGGCCUGGCCGACCAGGAUCGCUCCCUAUCCCUGAGCAACAUCAAAGGACACAGUCGCUCAGAUGAGGACUGCGGAGAUGACCGAGGCCGUCACAGGGAAGAACGCCUCCUGGGGGGAGGGCGCUUGGAGCGGGACCAAGAGAAGCUGCUCAGAGAAAGCAAGGAAUUAGCUGACUUGGCCCGGAUCCAUCCCGCUGGUUGUGCCACAAACGGCCUGAAUCCUAACCUCAUGGUGACAGGGGGCCCAGCCCUGACUGGUUCUGGGCGUUGGUCUGCUGACCCAGCUUCCCACCUGGCUGCACACCCAUGGCUACCCCGGACUGGUAGCCCCUCCAUGUGGUUAGCAGGCCAUCCCUACGGCUUAGGCCACCCUUCCCUGCACCAGGGCAUGACUCCAGCUUUCCCCCCUGGUAUGGGGGGUUCUAUUCCUUCUUCUGCUUAUCAGUUUGCCAGGGACCCUCAGUCAGGACAGUUGGUAGUGAUCCCCAGUGAACACUUGCCGCAUUUUGCUGAGUUGAUGGAGCGAGCACCCCCUCUGUGGCCUGCGAUGUACCCCCCAACCCGAAGCUCCCUCCAACAUGCUCAUCAGCUCCAGCUGCUGUCUCACCAGCAGUUGCUACGGCAACACGAGCUGUACAUCUUGCAGCAGCAAGCUGCGCACGCCAUGGAGCUGCAGAGGAGUGCCCAGCUGGUGGAAAGAUUAAAAGUCAACGAACAGCGGGCAGAGAUGGAAGAGAAGGUCUCCAAGCGGAGCCUGGAGAAUAGUAAACAGGGUCUCCCCUCCUCUGGUUCAGGACUUAUCCACCGAAAGCCCCCCGUCCUCUCACCCAGCACUUCCACGUCCUACAGCAAGGCUGUGAGCCCACCACCCUUAUCCCCUCGUGCCUCACCUGUGACAGUGCUCAAAGCUAAGGUGAUCCAGAAAUUGGAGGAGACACCCAAGCCACCAGCUUACUCUUACCCUGCCACCCCUAGUUCCCACCCUUCUAGCCCUCCUCCUGCCUCCCCACCUCCAACCCCUGCUAUCCCCCCCAAAGAGGAAGUUCCAGAAGACAUAGAGAAGAAAGACUUGGAAUUAGAGAAAGAAGCCUCCAGCCCAUUUCAAGCCUUGUUUCCAGAGAUUCCUCCAAGAUAUUCAUUCCAGUCCCUUCCCACUUCUUUUGGGAGACAUUACCCAUAUCUCCUCCAGCCCACAGCAGCUUCUGAUGCCGAUGGGUUAGCUCCUGAUGUGCCAUUGCCUACUGAGGGACCUGAACACAUGGAAUUGUCUCCGGAAGAUAAGCCCCUUCAUUUGCCCCCAACCAAAAUAGUAGAUACCCUCCAGGCCAGCCCUGAGGAGGAACCUUUGGAGGAGAGGGUGAAGGCUGAGGUGGAAGAAAUGGAAGAGGGCCAGGAAGGACUCCCUGAGCCAAACUUGGAACCACCCAGUCCCCUGUCCCCAGCAGCUAGGCCAGCCCAGAGCCCGGACAACUGUAAUCAUUUGUCGCAGCCGGGAGAAUCAUUAGGCCCAAUGGAGCAAGAGCUGGAGGAGAGUCAGGGCUGCCCACCAGAGUAUCAGGUCGGGUCUUGCCCGACCGAAGUUGAAGCUAAGAUUCAGGAAGAGCCAAGUGCUGGGCCAGAGGCCUGCUCCAUUCACAUGGACUACGAAGGCCAACUGGAUAAAGAUGUGGAAGACCUCCCCCGGGGGGAACUUACAGAGGAGCCAAAUGAAAAGCAGGGCACUCCUCUGCCUAGUGGACCUCCAUCCAGCGUGGAAAUCCCAGAGAGGGAGUCCGGGGCCGGGGGGCAAGAGCUCUACAGCCUCCCCGCAGAGGAGGCAGGGCCCGUGCCAGCCAGCCCCCCGUACCCAGAGGAAGCUGCUCCCUGCCCCCUGCCUACUCUGGACAUCAAGCCCGACGACCCCCUGGCCGGCAUGAAUGCCUUGGUGGCUGCCACAGAGCUCCCUCAGGCCUAUCCCCUGCUGAACACUGGCGGCGUCACCCAGGCCCUGGUGAACCUGGAGGUGGCUGAGAGCCUGUCCUUGGAGCAGAGCUUCUUACAGGGGAUCACUCUGCUGAGCGAGAUCGCUGAGCUAGAACUGGAGAAGAGGAAGCAGGAAGUCGAGAGCCCUGAGAGCUGUCCUGUGCGACCCACCCUUGAGAGCUUGCUAGCUGCCAGCACCCAUAUGUUGAUGGAGGUGCUCUCCAAUCCCUUCAUGGACCCUUUGAAGACCAUCAAGCUGCCUCGGGAACUGAAUCCUAAUAAGAAGUAUAGCUGGAUGCAGAAAAAGGAUGAACCGAUGUACUCUAUCAAGUCUGCCAUCGAGAACAUGGACGCGAUGGAGCUCGACUACCGCAUGAGAUUGGCUGAGCUCCAGCGCCGGUAUAAGGAGAAGCAGCGGGAGCUGGUGAAGCUGCAGCGGCGCAGAGAUUCUGAGGAAAAACGUGAAGAGAAAAGUAGAAGUUUGGCGCGAAGAGGCCCUGGAAGGCCGCGGAAACGGAAGCAUGGAUCCAGUGCUCUGUCUCCUCCUCUGGAAAAAGGGAAGAGUGACGGCAGGAGCGGAAAGCUGAGCAAGUCUUUGCUGCUGUCAGAAGACUCGGAGAAUGGAGAAGGGAUGCGGAAGAGACACAAGGGGUCAAUCCCUGAGGAUGAGGAGGACAUAGACAGUGGAAUUGGGAAAUCAAAGGGGAGACACCAGAAUUGGGAUGACCAUGAGACCACAUCGGGCUAUUCCAAUGAGCUAAAGAUCAAGAAGAAGAAGGUGGCCAGUGACCAGGAGCAGCUGGCAACCAAGCUGGAUAAGGCCCUGUCCCUCACCAAGCAAGACAAGCUGAAGUCACCCUACAAGUUUUCAGACAGUUCUGGGGGGAAGCAGAAAAGUAGUGGGGUUAGCACCAGGUACUUAUCUCCCCAUGACACUCUGCUGAGCAAGGAAGAGAAAAAAGUCCUGACCAAGGGCCUGAGCCUAUCCCUAAAACCCCCUAAAGAAGGUAAAAAUAAGUUCGCUGCCAAAAUGAAGAUGGAGGUGGGGCUAAAGGUCAAAGGUCAACUGAAAGUUUCCCACUCACCUGUGAUAUCGGAAAUGAGCAGCUACUCCUAUAAUACGGACUCAGAGGAAGAUGAUGAAUCCCUGAGGGAUGAGUGGCCUUCACAGUCUCCAUCCAGCUCCAAAACGAGACCUUCCAGUCUCUACAGCGUAGUGGCCAAAAAGAGCAGCAAGUCGACUGGUGGUCUCAAACCACCCAAGAGGGGCGUGUCUGCCACCAGAACUCUCAAAGCUAAGCAGGCCACAAGCAGAAAGCAAUCAUUUGGUUUGCUACUCCGAGAAGCCGAGGCUAGAUCUUCCUUCAGUGAUUCUUCGGAGGACUCAUUUGAUCAAGAUUAUAGUUCUGGAGAGGAGGAAGAAGAAGAUGAAGAUGAUGAAGAAGACGAGGAAGAAAUGGACAGCUAUGGGAUGAAUGGCCCCAAUAGGCUGUCAUCCCCAUCUUUAGAUGAGAGUGGUCUGGGGUUGCUGGCCCGAUUUGCGGCCAGUGCCAUGCCUAGCCCCAUUGUGGCUCCCCCACUUUCUAUCAUCCAGUUGGAAGCCAAACAGAAGGCAAAAAAGAAGGAAGAAAGGCAGAAUCUAAUGGGGACUGAAUUUGAGUAUACCGAUUCUGAGAGUGAAGUCAAAAUAAGGAAGAAGUCCCCACCAGGUCUGCUUCGUGGGAAGAAGGGACUGAUGGAGCAGGGAGGAGCCCCGCCUACACCCUCUCCCAGUACCCUGGGUGUCAAUCCCCCUGUCCCGGAGAAAACCAAGAUUGCUGUGGAGAAAGGGCGAAAGUCAAAGAAACUCAAGUCCCCCAAAGAAUCAAGCUUUGAGUUUGGGCUGGAGGUGAGCGAUGACGAUCUGUGGAACAGGCGCCGGAGUGAGCGGAUUUUCCUCCAUGACGCUAGCACUUCAGCCACGGUUCUGUCCCCUGCUUCCUCCACCCCUGUCUCCAAGGGAAGCCGCUGCAGCAAAGGGACCCCACUGAGCCCCAGAAAGGAAGGCAGCAAAGGGAAGGAGAGGAAAGAGCUCAACAAGCAGAAGAAGAAGGGAAAGGAGAGCUCCUGUUGUUCCUCCAUGUCCCCACCUGGUAUCCCUUCCCUGACCUCAGAAUCUCGGACAUCCUUAACUAGCUCCAUGGCCAACAAGAAGAAUAAGGGCAAGGCUAAAGGGAAGGAAGUAAAGAAAGAGAACCGAGGGAAGGGAGGAGCUGUGAGUAAGCUGAUGGAAAGUAUGGCAGCUGAAGAGGAUUUUGAACCCAAUCAAGACAGCAGCUUCUCUGAGGAUGAGAACUUGCCCUUGAGCAUGCUGGUAGAGCGGCCUCUGACUCCAGCCCCUCGAUCCUGUAUCAUUGACAAGGAUGAGCUGAAGGACGGACUGCGGGUCCUCAUCCCUAUGGAUGACAAGCUGUUGUACGCUGGGCACGUGAAGACGGUCCACUCGCCUGACAUAUACCGAGUGGUGGUAGAAGGAGAGAGGGGCAACCGGCCCCACAUCUAUUGUCUGGAGCAGCUCCUUCAAGAAGCGAUCAUAGAUGUGAAGCCACCGUCAAUCAGAUUCUUGCCUGAGGGAACCAGGAUUGCAGCUUAUUGGAGCCAGCAGUACCGUUGUCUCUAUCCUGGCACUGUGGUCCGAGGGGCCCUGGAUCUUGAGGAAGAUGGGGAUCUGAUCACGGUAGAAUUUGAUGAUGGGGACACUGGGCGUAUUCCCUUAUCUCACAUCCGUCUUCUGCCACCAGACUACAAGAUUCAGUGUGCAGAGCCCUCCCCUGCCCUCCUCGUGCCCAGUGCUAAACGUCGAAGUCGGAAAUCCAGCAAGGAUGCUGGAGAAGGAAAAGACGGCAGCUCCCUGGGGUCAGAGGAAUCUGGUGCUAAGGGCAAAGGUCGUGGGCGGAAACCCAGCACCAAGGGCAAAGGUGAAGAGGCGAGUCUCCCAGAAGAGGUGGCCCAGACCGACCCUUCUCCAGGGCCCCCUUUGACUCCCGAGAAGCCAGGCACCCUGGGCAAGGCGGGCACCAAGAACUCCAAGAAGAACCCGACGGGUCUCCCCGAGGAGAAGCGCAGCAAAGCCGCCAAGAUGAGGCUGCCCCCCAAGUUGCACGGCCCAGCGGCUCCUGCUUUCCAGACGCCCGCAUUCGCCAGCACGCUGGCCCCGGAGGCUUAUGGGGAGCUGACUGCUUUCAGCGCGGCUGACAGCCCCUCCUCGGGGAGAUCGAAAGGGAAGAAGGGCAGAGGGGCAGAGGAGGCGGCCGAGUUUGGCUCGGCCUCCAAGGGCUCGAGGAGGCCGGCGGACAGCGAGCUUCUCAUCAAGCUGGACCACGAGGGGGUGACCUCCCCUAAGAGCAAGAAGACAAAGGAGGCCAUGAUGAUGCUGGAGGACUCGGGUCUGAACGGCCGCCGGGAGUGCAAGAGCCUCGUGGCCUUGAGUGGCUACUCUUCCCUGGGGGGCUCUGAGGCGAAGGCCAAGGCCGUGCGCGGCAAGGCCCCCGAAGAGGACCCUCUGGUUCCCGGCUUUGCGGGCAAGUUUGACGGCUCUGGGGACCCCCUGGCCUCCAUGGAGAAGGACAAGGGGGGUGCCGAAGCUGCAGACGCGGCAGAGGAGUCCGAGAGCAGCAGCAGCAGCAGUAGCAGCAGCAGCAGCAGUUCAGAGACUGAAGGGGAAGAGGAAGGGGACAAGAAUGGGGGGGACGCCCGUGGGGAGGACAGUAGCUCCUCCAGUUCCCGGGCCUCCAGCCCGAUGUCUUCAUCCAACUCCUCCUCCUCCUCCUCCUCCUCCAGCAGCAGCAGCAGCUCCUCUUCUUCCUCCUCCUCUUCUUCCUCCUCCUCUUCCUCCUCUUCCUCCUCUUCCUCCACCUCCUCCAGCUCCAGCUCCUCCUCCUCCUCCUCCUCCUCCUCCACGACAGACGAUUCCUCCUGCAGCUCAGACGACGAGACGGUCGAGGAGGCCCAGGCCGGCCCCUCUGUCCAGCCAGACCUUCCUGCCAAGGCGGCCAAGCAGGCUGGGAAAUCUCGGACCUCCUCUCACCCUGAGGGCAAGAAGCAGCCUCAGCAGCCGCCCACCCCGGCCCCGAAGGCGCAGCCCGGGGGCAGCAAGAGCCGCCCCAAGAAGCGGGAGGGCAUCCACCUGCCCACCACCAAGGAGCUGGCCAAGCGGCAGAGGCUGCCGUCCGUGGAGAACCGGCCCAAGAUCGCCGCCUUCCUCCCGGCCAGGCAGCUGUGGAAGUGGUUCGGCAAGCCCACUCAGAGGCGGGGCAUGAAGGGCAAGGCCAGGAAGCUCUUUUACAAGGCCAUCGUCCGGGGGAAAGAGAUCAUCCGUAUUGGCGACUGUGCGGUCUUCCUGUCGGCUGGCCGGCCCAACCUGCCCUACAUCGGUCGCAUCCAGAGCAUGUGGGAGUCGUGGGGGAACAACAUGGUGGUGAGGGUGAAGUGGUUCUACCAUCCUGAGGAGACCAACCCCGGCAAGAAGCUCCACGAAGGCAAGGGAAACUCACUGAUUUCUUCUCGUUCCUGCUUUGGGAAACAGCGCUGGGAUCAGAAGUCAGAGAGGAGCAUCCCCACCGCCCUGCAGACCUCCAGCCAGAGGAAGGACUUCAUGGAGCGCGCCCUGUACCAGUCAUCACACGUGGAUGAGAAUGAUGUCCAAACCGUCUCCCAUAAGUGUCUCGUGGUUGGCUUGGACCAGUAUGAGCAGAUGCUGAAGACCAAGAAGUAUCAAGAUAGUGAGGACCUGUAUUACCUGGCAGGGACCUAUGAACCCACCACUGGCAUGAUUUUUAACACAGAUGGAGUCCCAGUUAUCUGCUGAGUUGCUGAGAAAAGGGGAGAGAUCCUAGCCAGCCCAAACAGGAUCUCUCUGACCUGGACAGAGGGAUCAGAAGGGGAUAGAAAGAAAGAGAAAGAGACAGAGAGAGAGAGAGAGAGAGAGAGAGAGAGAGAGAGAGAGUAUAUAGACGACAUGAUUGUUUCUUUCACUUGCCUAACCUCUGAGUCGUUGGGUGGGGGGUCAUCACAAAGCGACAGCAAAUGCGCAGAGAAGGAGACUUGCAGAUGCUUUCAGACAGCACCAAGGACAGACUUUCCCCCCUUAACCCCUCACUCCCUUUGCCGGCCCCCUCACCCGGCUGCCCGCAUAGAAAGGGCUCAUGACCAGCUGCCUUCACCUCCCCUGGGAAAAAAAGGGGGGAGAUUCUCAUGAUCACUGCCACGGUGAGGGAGACUCUGUGUGAGUGUUUGAGAGUGUGUGUGAGUGUGUGUGUGAAUGUGUAUGUGUGUGUCUCCAGCCUCCAUUCAGAAUCCUGAGGUGCCCUUGGCUGGGGACAGACACGGGAGAACCAUCAGGGUAUAUAUAAAAUAUAUACAGCUGAUGCUCCCUCACCCUCCCAGUUGUCCUGGAUGGAGAGGGAAGCCCAGCUUCUCUUGAGUACCUUGGACAUGCUUGGCUGCAGGGGUGGACAGUGGGCAGGCUGCUGCCCAGGCCCUGGAGGACAGCCCUUUAGGAACGUCAGGAUGUCUUUGGCAGCGGUCUGGUCAGCAGCAGCAGGAACCUAAGAGACACUCAAGCCGGGAGGGCCCCUGCAAUUCAUGUUUUCUCAUAAAUCCACAAAAUGCAGGAUCUCUGAGUGGCAGAAGAAGGCAAGUGAGAGGGGAAGGGUUUGAAAGGAACCCAAAAGGCCCGGAUUCAGGACAUGAACUGCAUGAGAACUUUUCCCAACCCUUCCAAGGAAACUCCCAAAUCCGGAUCUACUUGGGGUGGAGAGAUCUGUUUCCCAAACUCAGGGCUGGCCUGGCUCCCAGGCAGUGCCGUGGGGAGGUUUGUGACCAGAAGAACAAGCCUGAGGGGAAUCAGAUACCAGCAUCCCUCUCCCCAGGCUACUUAUCACCCACCGAGGAGGUUGACUGGUGAUGGUGGGGCUGGUCCCAAGCAGGUUCUCCCAAUUCCUGUUGGAAAGCUGCAUCUCUGCCUCUUGCUACACUGCUCCACCAACCCUAAAGAUGAAGCUUCAGUGGCCUCUCUAUUCAUGGAGAAUUCCCAGCUGCCCCACAGGGCCUGUGCAAUGCGCAGGCUUGAGGGGAACAUGAAAAAAAAAAAAAGCCAGAAGUGUCCGGGGUCCCUGCCCUUGCACUCAGAAAGGGGUGCACUGACACCUGCUUGGGACACCCCAUCCCGGGCCCCCUCCCUCUAAGGAUGGCCGGGGGUAUUGCCUCACACUCCUGGGAGCACGGCUCCCGAGGAUGGAUCUUGGACUCAUCUGCAAUGGUACUUGGGGCACGUCCUCGGGAAGGGAAGAGAUGAGGGGCAAGCCCACCUUGCAGCGCUCACACUACGAAGAACCACAAAUGGUGCUGAAAUUGACACCCCCUCACUCGCCCCUGCACCCCCAGUCCCUCUCCCGGAUCAGGGCUCCCCAAGAGCCUCGAGGAGAAUGCUGUUUCUUAACCUGUACAGUUUUAAUGUACCGAAAAGACUCUCUAGCCCCCCUGUAUUAUACGUCUUUAAAUGGAUUCAACUUUUUAAUUAUAUAUAUAAAUAUAAAUAUAUAUAAAUAUAUAUAUAAAUAUAAACUUUUUAAAACUGUGAAAAAAAGUUAUGGAAUUAUAAAGUGAACACGGUCUGACGUUUAGAAUAUUAUUUUUUAUUUCCUGUUGGAUUGUGAUUGUAAAGCAUUGGGCUCACGCACCACACUUCCACGCACACCCCCCACCCUGCCCCUACCCUGCCCCUUAGGCCUAAAGUGUACUGUACUCACCCCAACGGACUGUGUGCGGACAUAGGGAGAAGAGAAGCCUGAAAGAACGAGCGAGCGAGCGAGAGUGAGCGAGCGACCGACGGAGCACGGGUACCCGUGCCCGACAGAAAGCACUUAUCUGCCCCAGCGCCUUCUAGGAAAACACAAGGGUUUGUCCAGACAAUCGCGAGGGAAGGAAAGCCAGACUUCAGUUUUGUUUUGGGGGGAUUUUUUUGUUUUUAAUUUUUUUUUUUUGCAAUUUUGUUUGUUGGCGAAUUCUGUGUGAUCUUUUUUCAUAAAAAAAAAAAAAAAAGAUUCAACUGAAAAAAAAACCCCAA